AUGGAGCUGGAGACCGUCCAUCCGUCACACAGCCAGUCGUGCGCACCAGAGUUGGGGAGAGUUGGGUUACGCAGCACUGCCUCAAAACAGUCUACACCCAAACCCCCAGACACCUACACCCAAUCCCCCAGAGACCUACACCCAAACUCCCAGAGACCUGCACCCAAACCCCCAGAGACCUACACCCAACCCCCCAGAGACCUGCACCCAAUCCCCCAGAGACCUGCACCCAACCCCCCAGAGACCUGCACCCAACCCCCCAGAGACCUACAUCCAACCCCCCAGAGACCUACACCCAACCCCCCCAGAGACCUGCAGCCAAACCCCCAGAGACCUGCACCCAACCCCCCCAGAGACCUGCAGCCAAACCCCCAGAGACCUGCACCCAACCCCCCCAGAGACCUACACCCAAUCCCCCAGAGACCUGCACCCAACCCCCCAGAGACCUGCACCCAGCCCCCCAGAGACCUGCACCCAACCCCCCAGAGACCUCCACCCAACCCCCCAGAGACCUGCACCCAGCCCCCCAGAGACCUGCACCCAGCCCCCCAGAGACCUGCACCCAACCCCCCAGAGACCUCCACCCAACCCCCCAGAGACCUGCACCCAACCCCCCAGAGACCUGCACCCAGCCCCCCAGAGACCUACAUCCAAACCACUCCAAAUGCCUGGGAUGCCUUGGCCUUCCGCUCAAGGACUGGGUCUUGGGCCUGA